GGCCGGGGCAGGGCCGCGGGCCGCCAUGGGGGUGACGGUGGAGGUGCACCGCGUGUACCGGUACCCCUUCGAGCAGGUGGUGGCCAGCUACCUCCGCAAGCCAGCUGCCAGUUCUCCGUCUCCUGUUAGCAGAGGUCUGUCUUUGACAAAGGCAGUGCCAAGAGGAACCCGGAGGAUGUCUGCUUGAGAGAAGCCCAGUGAGCUCCGGCACCCGGGCAGCUGUGCGGCUGAUGCACAGCAGAACUGGGCUGAACGCGUGGGGCCGUGUCCUGUGGCUGAACCUGCCCGGCGUUCUGCUGUGGUGCGAAUGCCCUGGGCAGCCCUGGCCGGUGCGGCGGCAGAGCAAAGCCCUGCGCGCUUGCUUGCAGCCAAGGCAGUCCCAACGACUCUAAUUCAUCAGCAGUGCUGUGACGACCUGCGGUGUGCAGCCUUGCUCCUGCUGCUGCCGUCCCAGGUGCUGGGAGGCAGAGAAUGCCUCAUGCUAAGUACCCUUUUAUUAAAAAUUGUCAGAUCCUUAAAAACUGGAUUGGUUUUAUGGGUUAGGGUAGGAGGGGAAGACGAUACGUUGCACUUCUACCAAGAAAUAACAAGUUUUUCCUGUUUGCUGAAAGCCUGUAAAGACGACAUUGGGCUUGCUGAAGUUACCAGGCUUCUGCACGCAAUCUCGGUGCGGUCAGCUUCUCGUCUAUAGCAUCCAUCUCAUGAGGAAAUGACUGAUGAGUUACGUGAAUCUCUAAAAGAUGUAACUGACUGCCUAAUUUUUUUCUGGUGUUUGAUGGCUCAGUAAAAAAUGGAAUUGGUUCCCUGUAGUGGUGUCAUGCCCCGUACUGAAAACCGAACUGUCAUGUAUGUGAAAUUCUUUUACAGGGGAAAGACCGAAAAUAUCCUCACAAGCCGAAGUGCCAGAACUUUGAACAGUAAAUACAGGCAAAGAUGCUUAGUCUGGAGUCUUCUGUUUCUGUUAACCAUCUACAGCUAUUCUUUUUUUGCACUAGAAUAGGACUGUGCAAAGAUGCAUUUAAGGUUUUCUUUAAAAAAACCCAAAAAGAUGGGGGGCAAAAAAGGAAACAUUUUUUUUCUCUCGCCCUGCUGCAGAAAUCCCGAGCUGUAUCUUUGGCAAGCUUGGACAGUCAAAUUUGCUAACCAUGUAGUUUAGACUGCCACACUAUGGCUAACCAAUGGAUGUGCUCCGAAAUACUCAUUUGAAAACUGAACAAACUUGGAAAAGAGAAGGCAGGGCCAGCUUUUGCUGAUUUCAUUGAGUGCUUGGCAAUUAGAGGUGAGAGGAGAAGCAGAGUUAGUGCUUUUCAUUGUGAAAAAUUUGAACCAGAGUAGAAAUGCAAAUGGGAAUUGUAUUCUGUAGUAUACUUCCAUAUGACUUGAGAAGGGCAGUUGGAGGUGAAUAGCGAGGCUAAUUAUGACAGCCAGAAGCGCAGAGCAGAAAGGUUAAAAUAAUCCUCAUUUGUAUGUGGCAGCAAAGUGCAUCACAUGCUUUUAACCAGGACUUUACUAUGAUUGAAAAAAUAAUUGCCAUAGUUACUCAAAUGCCAUAGUUAAAGUUGACUUCAGGGCUCCUGCUCUCGUUCUUUCUGUUGCGACUCUGCAGGUUGAACCUUUGAAUGUUGUUAUAUCACAAAAUAGGGUGGGAAGGUGCAACCAGUUAUGCUCUCAGAGGAGACCAAAGCCAAAGCAGUUGGGGUUCUUCAAGGGCAUGUUUGUGCCAAGACAUCUCUUGGCAAACAGAAAUCCCCUAUUGCCUCGACCGGGGCAUUUUGUGUAUCAGCUGCAAUUUAUGAUCUCUGAGGAUGGAGCAAAGAAGUCACUUGGACUGUGGAAGUAUCCCAGUCCCAUGGAGAAACACAUCACGGCUGUAGAGACAGUGGAAGAGAAAACAGAUUUGUCUACGGGGAUUAUUUACCGGAGGAGAAUUGCAACGUGCCAGAAUGUGAUUCCUGAAAUUUUAAGAAAGGUCAGUGUCUUAAAAGUGCCCGACAUCUACUUGGAAGAGGAAUCUUGGCUUAAUAUGCAGAAAAGAAAUAUGGCUAUGAAAACUCAUUGUCUUACGUGGACACAGUAUGCGUCUCUGAGCGAGGAGUCUGUCUUCAGAGAGAGCUUGGAGAAUCCAAACUGGACGGACUUCACACAAAAAGGCAGAAUAUCAGUUACGGGGGCAGGUUUGCUCAACUGUGUGUUGGAAGCUUUUGCUCAAUCGUUUUUAAAGCAAGGUGUGAGGAAGUCAGUGGGUGUUGGAGCGUGGAGCCUGGGCAGCACCCGCAGUCCCUUCGGACACUCUUCUCUCCGCUGGCGCAGGGGCCGACAGCCCCAACCUCUCAUUCGUCCUUCAGAAGCGGAUUUUGGAAUCUGCGCCCCAAGAACUGCAGAUGGAAAUGUAUUUCAAAAGGCACAGCCAUUUAUUCAUUUGCUUAUUCUUGAUAACUAUAAGACCUUUUUGUUGUGGCUUUAAAAAAAAAAAAAAGAGAGAAGUAGACAGCUAUGCUAGUGUAAGCAAUGACUGUGAUCAACGAAACGUGUCUUGCAGGCUUAUGACAGCGCAGAGCUAGCGGAUAAAACAAACUAGCUCACAGUAUCUCUACAAUGUUGCAUUAGAAAUCCUUCAGCGAUUUUGGCUAUGUCUGCAGAUUUGUGAAAAAGAAAAAUACAAGCGCACCAGAUCUGGUAUAAAUGUACAGUCUUGCCUGGUUUUUCCUCCCACCUCCAAAACAUCCAUCUCCCUGAGGCAGCAGCUGUAUCUAUGCAUUUCGUUUCUUCUAAGCUGUUAGAUAGAGUUCCUUUUGUGGCUUGGCCAUAGAGUAGUUUUGUGGCACAUUUUACCCAGAUGUAAUAAAUGGCAAUACAAAGAUGAUAUUUAAAGUUUUAAUAGGUAUGUUGCAUGAAUGACAAUGCUUGAUAAAUGUUCUCCAGGCUGCCGUUUACUUCCUAUC